GGUUGGUCGAGGACGGAUUCGACCCAGCAACCCUAUGGUCAUGUGGCCGAAAACAUACCACCACACACGGAUAUGUAGACAGUCAAGGGCAGAUUACACCAUAUAUUUUGAGAAGGAGCGGUCCUCCAUGUGUUGAGUUGAUGGUAGGUAUGGUCACAUGUCAUUUGUAUGCCUCAAAAAAUCGAUUUGAUAGGCAAAAACGAUUUGAAAAAAUAUAAUGCGAUUCAGUAGUAAUGGGUUUACCUUGCAAAUGCCUUUAUGACCCACUCAAUCGUGAAGGGAUGAGUAGAAAAGAAAGAGAUUAAACCUUAACAGAAAAUGUGGUCGGGCUGAAAGAUGAAGUUUGAGUUGUCAUGCAGCGGAAGUUGUGGCCUUAACUAAGGCAUGUAUUUUUUUAAAUUGUGAAAUUCUCACGCUCCGCCACUGGUGACGUGGUGAUGAGUAGGUUUUUUUCUCCUCCAAACGGACAUGAUAAAAGCACACUGCUUCUUGCACCGCCCUACUUUACUUCAUAAGAUGGAGAUGAAGGAGGUUCGGUCAGCACCACCAUCAGACUAUCAGGAACUGCAAUUUAACAGGGACCCAGACACUGUUGUGACCAUCGUCAACCCUGUGGAGCAUCCCAGAGACUAUGUGGUAUGGUCCAUCUGCAGCUUCUUCCACGCAAACCCCUUUUGCCUCGGACUGUUGGCGCUGAUCUUCUCAUUCAAGGCAAGAGACAUGAAGGUGAUCGGAGACCUGCAGAGAGCCAGGGAAUACAGCAAGUGGGCUCUGGGCCUCAACGUGGCUGCGCUGAUCAUUCUUACUUUGACUAUCUUGAGUCUUGUAAUUGUUUUGAUAAUUAUUUUGAUAAAGGACAACGAUUAUUGAUUUGCA